CAAGUCUUCGCUUUUUUGCUUCAAAAGACUUUGGAACUCCUUAAACCAUUCAUUUCAAGCUAAUGUUUCAGAAAGCCAUAAUGAAUGGAUAAGCCAAAGUACUAAUCUUUGUUCACUUUCACUUUCCAUGAGUUUCAUCUUCUUCUUCUCAAGCUUAUGCUGCUGAGUUCUGGUGAGGUUCAUGUUCAUCAUCUUCCAUGAUUCUCAGCUCAAAAGGGUUACCCUUUAAUCCUUUAUGUAUGUAAACAUUUGAUUCUUCUUUGUCGCACAUCAGUUUAGUGCUAAAAAUUCAACCUUUUUCUGUUCUUACUUCUCAAUAUACUUGAUGUAUAUCAUCCAAAUUUUGUUUCUGGAUAGAAUCUGAGUUUUGUUGCUUGACUUGCAAGUGAUUCUGGUGCUGUUUUUGGGGGGAAACAGUGUUUUUUCUUUUUCACUCUGAGUAUUCCUUAUUUGUGCUUCAGCUAUUAGGAUGAUGAAUCUAUAAAGGGUCAAUUUUUUUCUUUUCUUUUACUUGUUUUGAUUAUUAAAUAAGGUGAAAGAAAAAUAUUCCGAUGAUUCAAGUGGAACCUGGUGUAGUUGGGGUUAUGGACAGUGCAAAUGAAGCAUCAUCAUCUUUAAGCUUUGUAUCAUCUCAUUUAUCAAAUGGUGGUUCAAGCAAUAACAUUGAGAAUGGUGGUGGGGGUAUUGAGAUUUUGAGCUUGAAGAAGCUAAGCACUAGCCUUGAGAAGUUGUUGAUUGAUGCUGAUUAUGAUUAUAGUGAUGCUGAGAUUCUUGUUGAAGGUAUCCCUGUGAGUGUUCAUAGGUGUGUAUUGGCUUCAAGAAGUCCUUUCUUUCAUGAACUUUUCAAGAAAGGGAAUGUUAGUAAUGGCGAGGGUACGGUUAAGGAAGGAGGAAAACCAAGGUAUCUUAUGUCUGAAUUGGUGCCUUAUGGGAAAGUUGGGCAUGAAUCCUUCCUGGUUUUCUUGCAUUAUUUAUAUACAGGGACCCUUAAGGCUUCACCACCAGAAGUAACAACAUGUGUUGAUGAAACAUGUGUCCACGAUGCUUGUCGCCCUGCAAUCGAUUAUGCUUUGGAGCUCAUGUAUGCCUCUGCCACUUUUCAGAUGAAAGAGCUUGUUUUGCUUUUUCAGCGGCGCCUUCUAAACUUUGUGGAGAAAGCUGUAGUGGAAGAUGUGAUUCCUGUUCUUAUGGCAGCCUUCCACUGUCAACUAAGCCAGCUUCGCUUGCAAUGCACUCAAAGAGUAGCAAGGUCUGAUCUUGACACCACAUCUUUGGAAAAGGAGUUCCCUCAGGAAGUUGUGGAGGAAAUCAAGUCGCUGCGAGCACAAUCUGUGCUGGAAUCCACACCUGCAGAAAUGGAAGUGGAGACUUUGAAUGAAAAGAGUAUCAGGAGAAUCCAUAAGGCAAUGGACUCGGAUGAUGUCGAGCUACUUAAUCUUCUUUUGAAUGAGUCUAAGGUCACUCUAGAUGAUGCUUAUGCACUUCACUAUGCAUGUGCCUAUAGUGAUUCUAAGGUUAUUCAAGAGGUUCUUAAUCUAGGCUUGGCUGAUAUUAACCUUAGAAAUCCCCGAGGAUAUACAGUUCUUCAUGUCGCUGCAAGGCGAAAGGAUCCAUCCAUUUUGGUAGCACUGCUGAAGAAAGGGGCCAAUGCAUCAGAUACUACUCCUGAUGGACAAACAGCUCUUGUGAUUUGUCAGAGGUUGACGCGGCGCAAGGAUUAUCAUGAGGAAACCGUGCAGUGCAAGGAAUCUAACAAAGACAGGCUCUGUGUUGAUGUUCUUGAGCGAGAAAUGAGAAGAAAUUUCAAGUGUGUGACUAUGUCUGAUUCAUCUGAGACAACUGCUGAUGAUUUGCAUAUGAAGCUGGAUUACUUUGAAAAUCGAGUUGCAUUUGCUAGGCUGUUGUUUCCUGCUGAGGCUAGAGUUGCCAUUGAGAAUGCUGAGGUGGAUUCAGCCUCGUUGGAUACAACAUCAUUGGCUUUGAAGCGUGCAGGUGCCAAUCGCGAAGUAGACCUGAAUGAAACUCCGGCUGUUCGAACCAAAAAGAUGCAACUAAGAUUGCAAUCCCUUCAAAAAACAGUUGAGAAUGGUAGGCGCUUCUUUCCCCAUUGCUCUGAGGUGCUUGACAAUUUCUUGGAGGACCUCAUACCAGAUGUUUUCUUCCUAGAGAAGGGCUCAGAAGAAGAGCAGCGAAUCAAGAAGGCGCGAUUCAUGGAGCUCAAAGACGAUGUCCAGAAGGCGUUUCACAUGGAUAUGGCCGAAAACAAACGCCAUUCUGGUUUGUCAUCGUCCUUGUCUUCCUCUUCUUCGUCGUCUCGCAAGGAAGGUGUUGGCCAUAGAGUGAGGAAAAAGUGAAAGUCCAUUGUCUAUGACCUCCUAAAAUGGUUGCUAUUGUUAAGACUAAGAAAGUUUUGGUCUCUUUUGUGGUAGUGUUUGCAAGGAUAGUAGCAUCUUGUAUUAUAUUUUGUCAAUAAGAUGCUAUGUUGUUAGA